UGCCCCUCCUCGUAGCAUACCGCUUCUAGUAUAACCUUGCCCUCCGGGGGGGCAGAGCCUCUCCUCCUUCCCCUGACCACCUCCUCAGUUUUUCCUCACCCUCCUCAAUGGCGAAUCUGCCGCCGGCCCUCGCCGCCGGCCCCUCCUUCGGCGCGCCCUCCCCGCCCCCGCUCCCGCCCCCGUCCGGCUCGUCGGCCGCGGCGCCGCCCGCCGGGGGGAGGGACCGGAAGAUGGUGUCCGCGGAGCAGCUCGUGCUCGACCUCUGCGACCCGGAGCUGCGCGAGAACGCCCUCCUCGAGCUCUCUAAGAAACGAGAGAUUUUUCAAGACCUUGCUCCACUGCUGUGGCACUCCUUUGGCACUGUUGCUGCACUGCUCCAGGAGAUUGUGUCAAUUUACCCUUCACUUUCACCUCCUACUUUGUCGCCAGUUGCAUCAAACCGUGUCUGCAAUGCACUUGCACUUCUUCAGUGUGUUGCUUCACACCCUGAGACCAGGAUCCCGUUCUUGAAUGCUCACAUCCCACUGUACCUGUACCCGUUCCUGAAUACUACCAGCAAGACAAGACCUUUUGAGUACUUGAGGCUUACCAGCUUGGGUGUUAUUGGUGCUCUUGUGAAGGUUGACGAUUCUGAAGUUAUUGGGUUUCUGCUUCAAACUGAAAUAAUCCCUCUGUGUCUGCAUACUAUGGAGAUGGGCAGUGAACUUUCCAAAACUGUGGCCACCUUUAUUGUUCAAAAGAUUCUGCUUGAUGACAUUGGGCUGCGUUACAUCUGCGCUACCGCUGAGCGUUUCUUUGCUGUGGCCACUGUUUUAGCACAGAUGGUCCAGGCGCUUGCUGAACAGCCGUCUGCAAGAUUGCUGAAGCACAUAAUCCGCUGCUACCUCAGGCUGACAGAGAACCAGAGGGCUUGUGCUGCGCUCAACAGUUGCCUCCCCACCGUGCUGAAGGACGGGACAUUCAACAACUUCCUUCUUGAUGAUAACGUCACAAGGCGGUGGCUCCAGCAGCUGCUGAGCAACAUGUCGAUCGCCGGCAUGGGCGGGGGAAGUUCCCACACUGGUAUGGGCGGAGGAGGCUCUCUCGGCGGCAUGGGCGGGGGAGGCUCUCUUGGGGGCAUGGGCAUGGGAGGCGGGGGCUCUCUCGGCGGCAUGGGUGGAGGAGGCUCUCUUGGUGGCGGCAUGGGAGGCGGGGGCUCUCUCGGCGGCGUGGGUGGAGGAGGCCCUCAUGGGGGCCUCGACCACCUGAUGGGGCUUUGAGCGAGCGAGCGAGCGAAAGAAGCUGUGUCUGCAGGCUGUGGAGAGCCUGAACCAACCCCCAGCGAUGCAUGUGUCUGUCUGUCUCUUGUAGAUGUAGUAGGGGGAAAGAAACUCCGUGCUGUUUGUAGUUGUUUGUGUUGUCGAAACAGGAAGAAGAGAGUCGUCUGUCUGUCUGUCUGUCUGUGUGCCCUUUGUGGGAAGAAGAAGAAGAAAGAACAAGAUAGGAGUGUGUUAUAGUAGUGUGUCUAGAUGUUUGGGUUGUGCUUUGUGUUUGCUGGACUGCAUGUACAAAGACAAAUAAACCGGCGCAGAAGCUCUCCCUGCUCUGCUCUUUGGCAAAUGUUCAAGGGUGAAGAGGGAUAGCAAGUUGAAACUGAAAAUCAGAGUUUUACUUUUACA